GUUUGGCAUCCCUCUUCUCCUUAACGACCAAGGAAUUCUCCUACUUAUUGAUUAAGUCCCACAUGGUCCAUACUUGGGUUAUUUUCACAUUCAAGCAAGACAGAGCCAGAAGCAGAGACUAGAGUGUGACGUGAAGAUAGAGAAAGAGAGAAAGAACAGAAAUGGGUGCUGAUUGGGGACCAGUAAUUGUUGCAGUGGCCUUGUUCAUCCUCUUAUCUCCUGGGUUGCUGUUCCAAUUUCCAGCAAGGUUUAGGGUCGUUGAGUUUGGCAACAUGAGUACUAGUGGGAUUUCAAUUUUGGUUCAUGCCAUCAUAUUCUUCUGCAUACUUACCAUCUUGAUUGUAGCAAUAGGCAUUCACGUACACAUAAACUGAAUCCAAGUUCCCAUUUAGACAUGACAAAUUUACCACAAGUAUGUUUUCAAUUACUAUUUUUU